AUAAAUACCGGGGGCAGGCACAUUGACAUUGGGGGCAGAGCGUCUUUGAGGAUAGUCUCGCGAUAUUUGCUUGUGUAUAUAUACAAGGUGUUUCCCUUCUCAAGGCCUCUUUGAAUCGGAUUGGAGACAAAAUGUCUCACCGUAAAUUUUCGGCUCCGCGCCACGGAUCUUUGGGCUUCUUGCCCCGCAAGAGGAGUCGUCGUCACCGUGGUAAGGCCAAGAGCUUCCCCAAGGAUGACCCCAGCAAGCCCGUGCACCUGACUGCCUUCCUGGGCUAUAAGGCCGGCAUGACUCACAUCGUCCGCGAGGUUGACAGACCUGGCUCAAAGGUGAACAAGAAAGAAGUGGUUGAGGCUGUGACCAUUGUGGAGACGCCACCCAUGAUUGUUGUUGGAGUUGUGGGUUACGUCGAAACACCCAGAGGCCUGCGUUCCUUCAAGACCAUCUUCGCUGAGCACGUCAGUGAUGAGUGCAAGCGUCGGUUCUACAAGAACUGGUACAAGUCCAAGAAGAAGGCCUUCACAAAGUACUGCAAGAAAUGGCAGGAUGAUGAUGGCAAGAAGCAGCUGGAGAAGGACUUUGCUUCCAUGAAGAAGUACUGCCAGGUCAUCCGUAUCAUUGCCCACACACAGAUGCGUCUGCUGCCCCUGGCGCAGAAGAAGUCUCACCUGAUGGAGGUGCAGCUGAACGGUGGCAACAUCUCUGACAAGGUGGACUGGGCCCGUGAGAAGUUGGAGCAGGCCGUCCCUAUCAACACAGUCUUCACUCAGGACGAGAUGAUCGACGUGAUUGGUAUCACAAAGGGUCACGGAUACAAGGGUGUCACCAGCCGAUGGCACACAAAGAAGCUUCCCCGUAAAACCCAUCGUGGUCUGCGUAAGGUGGCCUGUAUCGGAGCCUGGCAUCCUGCCCGUGUGGCCUUCUCUGUGGCCCGUGCUGGUCAGAAGGGCUACCACCACCGUACAGAGAUCAACAAGAAGAUCUACAAGAUUGGCCAGGGCUACCACACAAAGGAUGGAAAGCUGGUGAAGAACAAUGCCUCCACUGAAUAUGAUCUGUCCAACAAGAGCAUCAACCCCCUGGGUGGAUUCGUUCACUAUGGAGAUGUGACCAAUGAUUUUAUCAUGGUGAGAGUCAAUGGUGCGUUUGAUAAAUAAUCAAUCAGCCUCAAGUUCAUCGACACAACCUCCAAGUUCGGUCACGGACGCUUCCAGACUGUGGAGGAAAAGAAGGCAUUCAUGGGACCACUCAAGAAGGACCGUAUCACCAAGGAAGAAACUGCUUGAAGUCUACAACAAAAGGCUCUGCUGCAUUGACUGUCAUUACUGUUGUGCAGUUAUUUAAUAAAAACAAACUCAAAGAA